UACCGCUACACUCCUCUGCUGGCCCUGGUUCUGGUUCCGGGGGUUCUGCUGAGCUGGGUUCACUGCGGGAAGCUGCUGUUCGUGGGCUGUGAUCUUCUGUCCGCUCUGCUGCUCUUCAGGCUGCUGGUUCUGCGCGGCUCGACCCGGAGCUCGGCGAGGGUUCUCUGCGGUCUGUGGCUGUUUAACCCGCUGACCGUAGCUGUGUCCACCCGCGGGAGCGCCGAGUCUCUGCUGGCGGCGCUGGUUCUGUCCUCGCUGCUGUGUCUGGAGUCCAGGAGACGGCUGUCUGCAGCGCUGCUGUUCGGGCUGGCCGUCCACAUGAAGAUCUACCCGGUCACUUAUGCUCUGCCCAUCGCUCUGUCCCUGACCGGAGCACCGGCCCGCGGCCGAGGACUGAUCCAGAACCUGAUCCGGUGCGUCAGCAGGGAUCUGCUGCAGUUUGCAGCUGUUUCUGGAUCAGUGUUCUUCGCUCUGAACCUCAUCUUCUACUGCAUGUACGGCUGGGAUUUCCUGCAGGAGUCUUAUCUGUAUCACCUGACGCGCAGAGACAUCCGUCACAACUUCUCUCCGUACUUCUACAUGCUGUAUGUGACGGCGGAGCAUCACUGGAGCGGCGCUCUGGCGCUCGUCUGCUUUCUGCCGCAGAUGCUGCUGCUGCUGCUGUCCUCGCUGGCCUUCCGCCGCGACCUGCCCUUCUGCUGCUUCAUCCACACCGCCGUCUUCGUCAGCUUCAACAAAGUCUGCACUUCACAGUAUUUUCUGUGGUAUCUGUGUCUGCUGCCGCUGGUGUUGCCUCGACUGACGCUGGGUUUGAGACGAGGCCUCGGGCUGCUGCUGCUGUGGUUUGUGGGACAGGCGCUGUGGCUGUCGCCGGCGUAUUAUCUGGAGUUCGAGGGCUGGAACACUUUCGCUCUCAUCUGGAUCGCCGGGCUGCUGUUUCUGCUCAUAAACUCUCUCAUACUGGGACAAAUAAUCUCCCAUUACAGACCCGCAGAGGCCCAGCUGAAGAAGACAGACUGACAGAC